CAAGCCAUCCGAAGGAGAAAGUUCUUACUUCCUGCAAAGUGUGUUACACCGGUUACUUCCAAUGCUGCCAGGAUUGUUCAGAAUCCUAAUAUUCACUUAUGAGGUCGUUUAUUUUGCUGCUUAGCCAACUUUACCCCAAAGAAUGAUAAAGGCAAACAUUUCUUUAAACUUUAGCUGGAAGUGUUCCCUGAACACUUCCCAACUUAUCAGAAAAAUUCUGUAAAUUAAUCGGCAAACUGUGAAUUCUCCUGAUUUACUCGAUGCAUAACGUGGCAGCAUCGCUGUAUAUUUUUCCUCCGGUUUCAGCUUUACCAUCGAAGACCCGAAGAUAUGAAUCGACAGCAAGCGCUAGUGAAACUACAUUGUGAUUAACAUUGAUAUUUUAAGUAAAAUCGAAAUGAUUAUUGCUAUCGGGUUUUUAGUGAUAGUGUGUGCCACUACUAUAGCGAUAAUCCGAUCGAAAAAGCCUCUGAAAUUGAUCAUAUCGGAGGCAAAAUAUGAACUUUUGUACAAUGCCGUGGGAUCGAGGUAUUUAAUGCAGGAUUUUCUGAUGCGCAAACAGAAUAAAAUUGAUUUGCAGGUCAAAUCGGGCAAAACUGCUGUGAUAACUGGAGGAACCAGAGGAAUUGGUUUGGAAGUUAUCAAAUUUCUUCUUAAGUGUGAUAUUAACGUGAUCAUAGGCUGUAGAAAUGUUCAACAGGGGGAAAGUUUGCUGUCCAAAUCCAGGGAUGAAGGCAUCAAGACGGGGAACAUCGAAGUGUAUCAAUUGGAUAUCAGCGUGUUGGAAUCCGUGAAAAAAUUUGCCGCAGAAGUUAAGAAAAAGCACUCUGAAGUCGACUAUUUAAUCAACAAUGCUGGAAUAAUGUUCGGGCCUUAUGUGGAAUCCAGAGAUGGAUUCGAGUCACAAUUUUCCACCAACUAUCUGGGGCACUUCCUGUUGACGCAUUUGCUGCUGCCUGAGUUGAAAAAAGCAGGAACUGAUAAGUCACAGGCCCGAGUAGUGAACGUGUCGUCCUGUGCUCAUGUGGUCGGAAAAAUCCACUUCGAAGACAUCAAUUUCCGAAAGCAAUACAUUCCAGCUGAAGCUUACGCACAGUCCAAGCUGGCCCAGAUUUUAUUUUCCAACUACUUCAACGAUCUGAUGAUCAAAGAAAGUGAGCACGUUCAAAGCCAUGCAGUCCAUCCUGGAGUGGUCAACACGGAUCUUUUCAACGAUACGAACUUAAAAACCGUUGCACCUUGGCUACCUUCGUUGCUUUUUAAGACACCGGAACAAGGAGCCUAUCCAGUCAUCUACGCCUGUCUUUGCCCGGACUUAGAAGGCAAAGGAGGAACUUACAUACAUAACUGUGCGACAAUUUCGCCGAGCGAUCGAGCUUUGGACGCAGAACUGCAAGAGAAGCUGUUUAACUUCACGAAAAACCUACUGGAGAUUGAAAAAUUUAGCGCUACAUUAUAAUUGUUUGUUUCGCUUCAUUUUCAUUAUACUGUUUUUGUUUA